AUGCUAUCAGCGUACUUGUAUUUAGCAUGGACUGAUGAGAAACUAACAUGGGAUCCAGCAGAUUAUGGUGGAAUUCAGGAACUAUCUUUACAAGUGGACACAGUAUGGAUACCGCUUAUUAUUCUAGGCAAUGGGCCUGAGCCUUUCCACAGGAAUGAAGCGCAACUAGUCGGACAUAGGUACAAAUAUCUUGUAAAUUUGGUGUCAAUGUUCAGUGGAAAUAGAACUGUUCAUCCAGAGGACCAGGCAAGAAAGAACAAAGAUGACAAUAUUACCUGUUUACCUAGCACACCUGAAAAACAGUUAGAUAAUGUUUUACCAUCAAUGCGGAAAGAAAACAUGGGCCCAGUUGAACUAGAUUUCAUAUCGGAACCAGCCUCGAAACAGGAUAAGAUUAUCACUUGGAAAGACGUCAGUAAUGCAAUUGACAGGAUAACAUUUUUCACGUUGACGCCAUUAGCCAUCUUGGCUACGAUUGCAGGUAUAGCGUAUUUGAAGGCAGCCUCGGUCUAUCCAACUGAUCAGAACUUACACUAG